AUGGCUCCGUUUCCAUCCGCAACCUCAAAGUGGCACACGGAAACAUACCAAUCCAUAUCUCCCACCCGCCCCGAGCUUUCCGCCACUGGAAAAACCAUCGUAAUAACUGGAGGAGGAACCGGUAUCGGCGCAGAGACCGCUCGCCAUUUCGCAGAAGCAGGCGCGUCUCGUAUCGUCCUCCUCGGUCGUAGAGAACAACCCCUUCUCGACACGAAAGUCUCCAUCGACACCAAAUGCUUUGGCGUGGAAGUACUCGUGGCUUCUACCGACAUUACAAAGAAAAAUGAAGUUGAUGGAGUGUUCGGUAGAUUCAUCGGCGACGGAAAUGUACACGUUCUCGUCAGCAACGCGGCGGUGAUUGGCCCUCAGGAUGCCGUCGGUGAUGUGGACGGUGACAAGUUUCUCGAUGCCAUUCAACAGAACCUGAAAGGAUCGUUGAACAUCGCGCAGGCAUUCCUUCGGUAUGCGUCAAAGGAUGCAGUUGCCAUCGAGACUUCUUCGUCUGCAGCACAUGUCAAUUUUACCUCGGGGUUUUCUUCCUAUAGCAUUGCCAAGUUGGCGGUCUUUCGACUUUGGGAUUCUUUCGCUUUUGCAAACCCGCAGCUGAGUGUUUUCCAUGUACAGCCGGGCGUGGUGGACACGGCGAUGAAUAGGGAAGCGGGCGGCGUUGCUGCUAUGGGCUUCGCGGAUAAUGUUUCUCUGCCGGCAAGCUUCAAUGUUUGGCUCGCAAGCGGCGAAGCACAUUUCUUGAAAGGUAAAUAUCUGUGGGCGAACUGGGACGUCGAUGAACUCAAGGCGAAAGAGGAGGAGAUCGCAGCGAGUCCAAUACUCAGUAUUGGAUUGGUUGGGUGGCCGUUUGAUAGUGCUGGCUGGAAGUCCAGUUGGAAGACUCAGACUGAUGGUAGCGUAUAG